GAGCAUGGAAGGCCCCACUGGGCAGGAAGGGGGGCACUCCUGGACCUGGCCCCGCCAGCCCCCAGAGAAGCCCCUCCGUCCCUCCCCGGGGCGGGGGCCGAGGACGCCCGGGAGAGAAUCGGGGUUCCUCCGGGGAUAGAGGGUGCUCUCCCUGCUUUGGGUGCUGCCCCCAUGAAGGCAGGGAAACAGCAUGACUUUUACACCCCCUUUGCGCUUGCCUGGGAUGAAGUGCCCAGCGCCUUUCGCUUCGUGGAGACGGAUUAUGACACCUACCUGAUCGUCCACUCCCAGCGGGAGGCGGCCAGCUACAUGGUGCUUGCGGGCAGGAAGCCCGACUUGACCGAUGAUUUGAAGCAAAGUUUCCAGACACUGGCCCACUCUCUGGGGUUUCCAGGUGACGUCGAACCUGUUGACCUAAAAGGUAAUUCUCUGGUUCUCUGGAAUUGCCUCUUCUGAGCCCACGGAAGCUCUCGGUGGCAAACUUGGGCAGAGCUUCGUUUCGUUUUCAUGCUCGUGCACGGGUACUAACUUGCAAGCUGGUCAAAUUUCCUGCAGCAACACUUUUCUGAAUAAAAUGCACGAUGGAAAUUUCCAGAGAGAAAUGCAUACAUCUGGGGAGAAAUUCCAAUAAUAAUAUGGAUACUA